GAAACAAAAAAAUCUAAAGAAGUGAACACUCCUCUUUCAGUGUAAAAUCUAAAGAAACUGAUAAACAUCUAUCUAUCUAUAUCUAUCAGAUAAGGCACUCAACACAAAUACUACACCAUAACCAAUUCUUCAAUCUACUUCCCAAGAUGCUUUCACCAUGUAUCAGUUCUGUAAACACUCUAAAUCUAAAAUUUCUUAAUAUCCCACCCUCUUCCUCCAAUCUCAACCGUUCUUUUUACCGCUUUAAAUCAAUCUCAGCCGUCCUCAACAACCCAUCAUCACACAGCAAAAAACAAAGACAAGUACAACAACAACAACAGCAACAACCACAGAAACAACUAUACCAACCUUUCCGACCACCACCAACACCUCUCCCAUCAAAAUACGACAACCUCGACAUCCCAGGUCGCAUCGACAUCCUCGCCAACCGUCUCGGUGCCUGGCACGAAUACGCUCCUCUCAUCACUUCCCUCCUCCGUGAAGGCUUUUCACCUCCCACCCUUGAAGAAACCACCGGCAUCACCGGUGUCGAACAGAAUCGUAUCAUAGUCGCAACUCAAGUUCGUGACACUCUUGUACAGGCCAACACUGAUGAAGAGAUUCUAUCUUACUUUGAUAGCGGUGGUGCUGAAGUUUUAUAUGAAAUUCGUCUCCUCUCCACUUCCCAACGUGCUGCUGCAGCGCGUUUCAUUGUGGAGAAGAGAUAUGAUGGUAAAGGUGCUCAAGAUCUAGCUCGUUCGAUAAAGGAUUUCCCUAGCAGACGCGGCGAAAAGCACUGGGAAAGUUUUGAUUAUCAUCUCCCAGGAGAUUGUCUUGCUUAUUUGUAUUACAGACAAAGUAAGGAGAAUAAGAAUCCUUCUGAUCCAAGAACUGCAUUUCUUCAACAAGCGUUGAGUGCUGUAGAGUCUGAUAAAGCUAGAAACGUGAUUUUGGAGGAGUUGAAUGGAAAGGCUGAAGAGGAGAAGGUUGAAGAUGUUGUAUUAAAAGUACCUGUUAAUGUGGUGAGAUUGAAGAUUGGUGAAGUAGCUGAGGCGACCUCGGUGGUUGUUUUGCCCGUGUGUAAAGCUGAGGAAGGAGAAAGGGUGAUUAUGGAAGCACCUUCUGAGAUAAGAAAGGAAGGGGAGUUUGGUAUUGUGGUGGCGGAGAAAGGGUGGGAGAAAUGGGUGGUGUUACCGGCUUGGGGACCGGUGGUUAAUUUAGGGAAAGGCGUUGUUGUGUCGUUUUUGGAUGCGAGAGUUUUGCCAUGGAAGGCUAAUAAUAGGUGGUGUAAGGAAGAGCCUAUUUUGGUGGUUGCUGAUAGGAGUAAGAGGGAGGUGGAGAAUGAUGAUGGGUUUUAUUUGGUAAAAGAUGAUGGUAAUGAUGUUGGUUUAAAGGUUCAAAGGGGUUCGAUUUUGAAGGAAAUGGGGGUUAAUGAGUGUUUAGGGAAUGUAGUUAUUGUUGUUAGACCACCUACUGAAAAUGAUGGUGAUAUGUUGAGUGAAGAAGAUUGGGAUUGAAAUGAAGGGGUUAAAGGAUUGGAUUAGGAAUUGUAGUCAAGUGAGUUUCAAUCUCUUUUCCCUUUCUUCCUUACCUUUGUUUUUUUGGGUCCUGCGGAAUAUGGCUCUUUAUUAAUUUGGGUUUAGUUGCAAUAUUCUUUUGCUUUGCCUACUUAAUAGAAGGACUUGAUCAUUUUUGUUUUCUCUAUAGCUUGUACGUUAUCUUUACAUGGUUAAAGGUGAAUAAUAUAGCCAAUUAUUGCAUUGAAA